CAACGGCAAACUCGCGCGCGAACAGUUCGAAAAAGGCGACGAACGGUGUCGCUUGUUGUGCCACUGUGCUGUCAAUUGGGAUAACUUGGAAAAUGCUUAACGCAUGGAAAAUGCCGGCGGCAACAUUUUUUUCGUAUCGUAUCGUAAUUAAAUUUUGGGGGCCAGUGAAUUGAAUUCCAAAUUGAAUUUUCUCUAAAAUAAACAUAAAAACAUUAAACAAUUGACCAGUGCAGUGCAAGGUGUGUGUUCCGUUUGUGUUUAUGUUUUUUGUAUCUAGCAAAUACAGCAACAAAAUAAUAAAAUAAAAAUGAAAAAUUUGAUUAUGGCCCCUGCUUUGAAUGGAACCAAUAAAUAUUUACAUAAAAUCGUUGCUGCUUAAAAAAAUAACACCAUAUAAAAAUUAUAAUUUAUGAGCGAUUUAAAAUUCUUUUACCCAACAAAUUCAACACACAUUGCUCAUACGCCACGUGAUUCGACAGGUAUUUCCCGGCACACGAGCAAGCAAAUGGAAACCAAAUAGGAAUAGGAAUAGCAAUUCCCUCCAAAUAAAAAAAAAGGACACGCAACAUUAGUCAGAACAAACAAAGGGAACGCGAGGCCAAGGACAAAAGGGGACAACGGGAGACUCCCAGAACGCCAGUUAAAAGACUGGUCUCUGUCUCUGUGUGUCUCCGUGGUGGAACAUCCGUCACUCGUCAUGGAAAACAUCGAUGAGCUGCUGGACAGCAAUGACAGCGACCAUGGCAAUGGCGACAUCAGCUACAGCUGGAGCAACUGGAGCACUUUAGCGCCAGCCAUCAUCUACAAUGCAAUGAACAGCGUCAUGGCUGUGGCCAAUCAAACGCCACUUCCUGAUUUCAAUCAAGAUUUCCGACACAACAGUCUGACCUACAAUCUGAGCCGGGUUUUGCCCACUGGCAUUACGGGUCUAACAGCCGGAGAUGUUGGCUUCGGUGUCAAUGGCGAUCACGAGGAUGCCGCAUCGCCGGAUGCCAAGUUUGCCUUCGUGGUCCCGUGGUGGCGUCAGGUGCUCUGGAGCAUACUCUUUGGUGGCAUGGUAAUUGUGGCAACUGGCGGCAAUCUAAUUGUCGUCUGGAUUGUGCUGACCACCAAGCGGAUGCGCACCGUGACCAACUAUUUCAUAGUGAAUCUCUCGAUAGCAGAUGCGAUGGUCUCCAGUCUGAAUGUGACCUUCAACUAUUACUAUAUGCUGGACGGUGAUUGGCCCUUCGGCGAGUUCUACUGCAAGGUAUCGCAAUUCAUAGCCAUGCUGAGUAUCUGUGCAUCGGUGUUCACUCUAAUGGCCAUUUCAAUCGACAGGUACGUGGCAAUUAUGAAACCACUGCAACCGCGGAUGAGCAAACGGCGUAAUUUGGCCAUCGCCGCGGUCAUCUGGCUCUCCUCGACUCUCAUCUCCUGCCCGAUGCUGCUCUUUUUUAAAACCGAAGAGGUGCCGGUGCAGAACACAACACGCAGCGUCUGUUUUCCUGAGUGGCCAGAUGGCCAAACGAAUCACUCGAAGCAGGAGCAUCUCUACAACAUACUCAUUCUUAUACUCACCUACUUUCUGCCCAUUGUCUCGAUGACGGUCACCUACUCGCGUGUGGGCAUCGAACUGUGGGGCUCCAAGACCAUUGGCGAGUAUACGCCCCGCCAAGUGGAGAAUGUCCGCAGCAAGCGAAGGGUUGUCAAAAUGAUGAUUGUGGUCGUUUUAAUAUUCGGCGUCUGUUGGCUGCCCUUCCACACGUACUUCAUUAUUACAUCCUGUUAUCCGGCCAUCACCGAGGCACCUUUCAUUCAGGAACUAUAUCUCGCAAUCUAUUGGCUGGCCAUGAGUAAUUCCAUGUACAAUCCGAUUAUCUACUGCUGGAUGAAUUCGCGGUUUCGCUAUGGCUUCAAAAUGGUCUUUCGCUGGUGUCCUUUUGUGAAUGUGGGCGCCGAGUCGCUUAACCGCCGAGAUAAUCUCACAUCGCGCUACUCCUGCUCCGGUUCACCCGACCACAAUCGCAUCAAACGGAAUGGUAAACGCUCCUGCGGCUGCCUAAUGACUUCUGUCUUGAUUCACGCACUCUCUUUUUGUUUUGUCUUUUGCUGCUCCAAACAGAUACACAGAAAUCCAUACUGUAUGCCUGUCCCGGCUCACCGAAAUCGCAUCGAGUUUCGCACUGCGGUCUGCUGCGUAACUCGGUGGGACGAACUGUGGAACAGGUUGCCAGCGAGGGACAGCAAAGGCACUCGAUGCCGGUCAGCAGAAACAGCGGAGGGCCGAUUAGUCUGCGUGGCCACAGAUCGCCGUAUCAGCAGGAGAUGCAGGAACGUUGGAGCAGCGACAAGUGCAGCAGUGGCAUCAACAUGGCAACAGAAAGUCGCACCACAAACCUUUUGCCUUGACAGACAGCAGCGGCAGGAACAUCAGCAACGUCACCGGAAAGCAUCGAGUUGCAGCUGCAAAUGCAAGUCGUUUGCUCCUCUGGUUACAACAAUAACUAUCGUCGCAUCAACAAUGUGAACAAUGUGGCAAACACAACACAGACAGUGGCUGAUGACAAAACUUGGCUGUAGGUUCCUCUUGCGACCUUCUCCCAAUCAUGUCUCGAAUUUAUGUUUAGCGAAUGGAUACUGUUAAAUACAUAAUUAAUUGAUGUAAAUGUAAACCAAAAGCAAAAUUAAUUGAUAGACUCCACACGUAAACGUCUUACAUGCCAGACAGACAAGUGAGGCAAAUCAAUGAAUUGAAUGAAUGAAAGCGUGCUGCCAACGGGGCGAAUACGUUAUGCGAUUCGUGGAAAUGAUAACUCACUUAUGUUCAGCUGCCAUAUCACAUUUCAUAAGCAUUCAUUGCGGCUACAUUAAAUGCGUGUUUAAUACCAGAAACCAAAAACUAUAUAUAUAUAAUAUAUUAUUUCGUUGAUCUAAGUGCUAAAUAUAAUGGAUAAACCAUAAACCAAAGUCAUCUAUGGAUUUAAAGCAAAAUGAAGACUUUAUAAUUCUAUACGUGUUACACUUGUAUAUAAACUAAAACGUAUCAAAUACUUACUACAUACAUAAUAUAUGGUAACAAUUCUUUAACUCUUUAAGUUAUGCAAAAUUUAUGUGUAAAUAUGAAAAUAAAUUGUAUUUGUUUAGGCACGAUUCAAUGUCUGCCUCUCUGAGAAUUGUGAAUAAAGCGUCUUACUCAA